ACACACACACAAACACACUUACCGAACCCUCACCGGCCUGCAGAGAUGGAGGAACCGAACAGUACCGGUCAGCCCGCGGAGCUGAACUCCAGCAACACUCUGCACAACUCCGCGCGCUCAGUGGUGGAGGAGCUGGUGUACUGGCGGGAUAUGAAGAGGUCAGCUCUGGUGUUUGGGGGUUCUCUGCUGGUUCUGGUCUCUCUGGCUACAUUCAGUCUGAUCAGCGUGGUGUCGUAUCUGCUGCUGGCACUGCUCUGCGUCACCAUCACCUUCAGAGUCUACAAAUCCGUCUUCCAAGCCAUCCAGAAGUCUGACGAAGGACAUCCAUUCAAGUUUCUGCUGGACCGGGACAUCAGCAUUACUCCAGAAACAGCCCACAGGUACACUGAUGUCCUCCUGCUGAACCUCAACAGAGCUCUGAUCCACACCAGGAGGCUUCUGCUGGUGGAUGAUGUGGUGGACUCGCUGAAGCUGGCGGGUCUGAUGUGGAUCCUGACGUACGUGGGUGCUGUCUUUAAUGGUGUAACUCUUCUAAUCCUGGCUGAUAUCACCUUUUUCUGUGCUCCUCUGGUUUACGAGAAAAACAAGACCCAGAUUGAUCGCUAUGUGGAGCUGGUGAAGACUCAGCUGGAGGAGAAACUGGAAAAGUUGCAGGAGAAGCUUCCUGGAGCGGUGCAGCGCAGCAAAACGGACUGAACUUUAUUAUAGUUUCUUUGUUUUUUUCCUUUCUGAUGACUGAUGUUUAGUUUGAGGAGGAAUUGUUCAAUCGUUUCAUUUUUUUUUUCUCUCUUUAUAGCAGUCAGUCAGUUAAAGUGGUGAAUACCUGGUCAGUAGGUGGCACUGUCAGCCCUGUUACUGCUGGUGGAUCACCCGUGCUGAAGUGUGCUGUAGUGUGCAGCCGACACUGCAAUAACUACUGCGCUACUGCCUGAAACCUAAGUGUGAUUCUGUAAGGUUUAGAGUAACCAUUCUGGGGGCAUUUUUCCAAAAGCAUCUUAGCUUUAAAGACAUCUUAACAUGUAGAGAGAGAGACUGCUUAGUGUGAUACAAACUCGUGCUGAGAACCUUUUCGGAAACCCAACCCAGAUGAUUCUGAUGGCAAUUCCCCUCAAAAUAUAGUUUUGGUGUUUUGUUUUGGUUAAAUAAUAAUAAUUAUCCUGUUCUACAUGGCUGUUUUUUCUGAUUGUAUCUUUUUGUCUGUAAUUAAAAUAAAAAGUAAAAUAAACUGUAAAUAAAAACUUUA